UACCAAUUCUCGACCACUAUGGCAGGCCCAGCCUCAUUAUAUCUGGACCCGCAAAUCCGCGACUGGGUCCUAUUUCCGAUUACUUUGGUCAUGAUUCUUGUUGGUAUUCUAAGGCACUACGUGGUAAUACUCCUCCAAAGCCCGCCGAAAAAGCUUCCUCGGGAAGCCGUACGUGAACAACGGGCACUGACGCGCUCGCAAGUGCUGAGAGCGACGUCGGCCAACUCCCCCAUUCCCCCGACCUACUACAAGUCUAUUUCAAGGCACCUGUAUGAUGCGUUUGAAGCUGGCACAUAUCUAAAAGACGGUCCCCCGCGCGAAGGAGAAGCGCCAAAGGGCCCACCCAACCCAAUGACCGACCCAGCCGCAAUGGACGGUAUGAUGGCUGGGAUGAAGACACAAAUGGUCAUGAUGGUCCCACAAAUGGUCAUUAUGGGGUGGAUUAAUUUCUUCUUCCAAGGCUUUGUACUCAUCAAACUGCCAUUCCCACUCACACUGGGUUUCAAAUCGAUGCUGCAACGUGGAAUCGAGACGACUGACAUGGAUGUCCGUUGGGUAUCUUCUUUGUCUUGGUAUUUUCUCAACUUCUUUGGUCUGAACGGUCUCUAUCGCCUUAUUCUUGGGGGCGACAACUCUGCUGAUUCGUCUCGGGAUAUGAAUGCCAACGCGUUCGCCGCGCCCCAGGCUGCUGGCCCGCAAGACUUUGGAAAGCUGUUCAAAGCCGAAAAGGACAACCUGGAGUUUGCAGAGGGGUCAUAUACGUGGGUAGGCGAUGGGGUUGAAGAUCGCGUGUUGCAAAGAUAUGGCAAGGCUUAG